UGCAACGAAUAGGAGACUGGAGGAGUUGUCUCAGCUGGUGGGACUCCCUCUUGCCCACUACCGAAUCUUCGGUUCCUCCGUCCAAUCAUGGUGGCAAGGCCGAGUUGCGGCGAAAUCUAAGGCUGAGCAGUUAUGUUGCCGUCUGCGUGGCUCAAGGCGGACGGUGGUCGGAGGCCCUUGCAGCCAUGAGGGACGCGAGCGCGCAUGAUCCGUCGCUUGCUGUCCUCUUUGCCCUGCGUGCAUUACGUGUUGCGGGGGCAUGGAAGGCUGCGUUUAGUGUAUUUCAAUGCAAAAAACAUGUCUGGGAAAACUCAUCGGUGGAUCUGCAAGUAAGAGAAGUAAUGACACGGCAGAACGCGGAAAGUUGGGUUCCACUUGACAAGCUUCAGACCCUUCGAUCUCUCUAUGGGGCGUGA